AUGAAGGUUUAUGAAAAAGAAGACAAUAAAGAAACCACCCAACAAACAAGUCAGGAUUAUAAGAAACCUGACGCAAGUAAAGUCAAUCAUUCUCAACUUGACAUGACAAUUAGAUUUCCUCGAGCAGCAAGUACUAAGACUAGAGGUAAAGGAAUCGUGGAAUUCUUGGAAAUGUCCGGAUUAGGUGCAAUCAGAAAUCUUACUAGACUUGGAGGAGUUCCAAUCUCACAUGCGAGGAAACUAAAUGUAAUUUGA